AAGGACUCAGCGAAGCUGCAUCCCGCGCCACCGCCUCCUCCUGCGCCUCGGGUUCAGCACUGGACAGCUCCCGCACCAGCCCAACAAACGGCAGUCGGCUGAUUGACAGAGGAGCCGGCCAAACAGGGCGCAAGACGACUUGAAGCCGCCCUACAAGGGUUUGGUUGCGGCCAAGCCGCCUCUUUAAACCGGCUUUCCUCCCGAGAGCAGGGAGAGGCAGGAGUGUGGUUUGUGGCCAAACUUAAAGACUCCAAUUAACCAGCUGCCUAGCCCUCGUGGUUCCGGAAAGACAAACGCCUUAAAAGAAACCCUAGCUGCUGCGCUCGCGGUGCGGGUCUGGGCGCGCGCGCUCCGCGCCUCGGGGCGAAGCGGACGAGGAGGAGCCUGAGCCGGGAGGCGGGAACGACCUGCCACGGGCGAGACGAUGGAGCAGUGUCUUUGGCGGCCGCGGCGGCGGCAGCAGCAGCAGCAGCAGCAGCUCCUGAACACACCUCAAUGAGAGCGGCGGUGGAAGCUGCUAAGCAGAAAGACGUAAGCAGGCCAACUAUAGCUGCCGGCGGCUAGAGGGGAUGUAAGCUGCUGGGCUCCAGGCUGCGAGGUGCGCAAUCCCGAGCAGACCCAUGGUGGAGCAGGAGCAGCCGGCGUUGCCACAGGUGAUCUGAUCUCCUGCGACGGUAGCUCAGUCAGCCGCGCGUAUUUCAGAACAUCCCUAUUUUAAAGUCCUUUUGGACUGGGUGCCAGCUGAAAAGGGGGAAGACUCCUAGUAAAAGUCUUAGUGCUGAUAGAUUGACGACCAAAAUUUAAAAAGUGACUCCCUCCGUUACCUCCUCUCCUUGCUGCGAGGCAGAUGGGAGCCAUGGCUAACCCCUUACUCUGCUGCCUCCUGCUCGUUCACCUGGGAUUGGGAGCUGCCGGCGCCAGCCGCGACCCUCCAAGUCGGACGGAUUCCUCUCGAGAGAAGACCCUAAGGGCGAAGCAGCACGCCCAGCAGCCGGCUCGAGCCUCUGCCUCGGACCCCUCGGCUCCCUGGAGCCGCUCCACCGACGGCACCAUCUUGGCGCAGAAAAUCGCCGAGGAGGUGCCCAUGGACGUGGCCUCUUACCUCUACACCGGGGACUCCCACCAGCUGAAGCGAGCCAACUGCUCCAGCCGCUACGAGUUGGCGGGCCUGCCGGGGAAGUCGCCUGCCCUAGCCAGCUCCCAUCCCUCCUUGCACGGGGCGCUGGACACGCUGACACACGCCACCAACUUCCUCAACAUGAUGCUGCAGAGCAAUAAGUCGCGGGAGCAGAACUCGCAGGACGACCUGGAGUGGUACCGGGCACUGGUGCGGAGCCUCCUGGAGGGUGAGCCCAGCAUCUCCCGGGCGGCCAUCACCUUCAGCACCGAGUCGCUGUCCGCCCCAGCCCCGCAGGUCUUCCUCCAGGCCACGCGCGAGGAGAGUCGCAUCCUGCUCCAGGACCUGUCCUCCUCAGCACACCACCUGGCCAACGCCACGCUGGAGACCGAGUGGUUCCACGGCCUCCGGCGCAAGUGGAGGACUCACUUGCACCGCCGCGGCUCCAAUCAGGGGCCCCGGGGCCUGGGCCACAGCUGGCGGCGCAGGGACAGUCUUAGCGGGGACAAGAGCCACGUCAAGUGGUCUCCGCCUUAUCUGGAGUGCGAGAACGGCAGUUACAAGCCCGGGUGGUUGGUCACUCUCUCCGCUGCUUUCUACGGGUUGCAGCCUAACCUGGUCCCGGAAUUCAGGGGUGUCAUGAAAGUUGACAUAAAUCUUCAGAAGGUGGACAUUGACCAAUGUUCAAGUGAUGGCUGGUUUUCAGGAACUCACAAAUGUCACCUUAACAAUUCAGAGUGUAUGCCGAUUAAGGGCCUAGGAUUCGUGCUUGGAGCCUAUCAGUGCAUUUGCAAAGCAGGAUUCUAUCAUCCUCGAGUCUUCUCAGUGAACAGCUUUCAGAGAAGGGGUCCGGAUCACCAUUUUGCAGGAAAUGCAAUGGAUGUGUCAGAAGAAGCCCAUGUCUGCCUGCCCUGCAGGGAGGGCUGCCCCUACUGUGCUGAUGACAGCCCCUGCUUUGUCCAGGAGGAUAAGUACUUGCGACUUGCUAUCAUCUCCUUCCAAGCCCUGUGUGUGCUGCUCGACUGCGUGAGCAUGCUGGUGCUCUACCGCUUUCGCAAAGCAAAGAGCAUCAGGGCAUCGGGCCUUAUCCUGUUGGAAACAAUCCUUUUUGGGUCUCUGCUUCUCUACUUCCCGGUUGUUAUUUUGUACUUUGAGCCAAGCACAUUUCGCUGUAUUCUCCUAAGAUGGGUCCGUCUUCUCGGUUUUGCUACUGUUUAUGGAACUGUCACUCUCAAGCUUCACAGGGUUUUGAAGGUGUUUCUUUCACGAACAGCCCAACGGAUUCCAUACAUGACCGGUGGACGGGUCAUGAGGAUGCUGGCAGUAAUACUCCUGGUAGUGUUUUGGUUUCUCAUUGGCUGGACUUCAUCUGUUUGCCAGAAUUUGGAAAGGCAGAUUUCACUCAUUGGCCAAGGGCAAACAUCAGAUCACCUCAUCUUCAAGAUGUGCCUCGUUGAGCGCUGGGAUUACAUGACAGCAGUUGCUGAAUUUUUAUUCCUCCUAUGGGGUGUUUAUCUCUGCUACGCGGUGCGAACGGUCCCAUCAGCUUUUCACGAGCCGCGCUAUAUGGCUGUUGCAGUUCACAAUGAGCUCAUUAUCUCCGCUAUAUUCCAUACAAUUAGAUUUGUUCUUGCCUCAAGACUUCAGUCUGAUUGGAUGUUGAUGCUGUAUUUUGCACAUACUCAUUUGACUGUGACAGUGACCAUUGGGUUGCUUUUGAUUCCAAAGUUUUCACAUUCAAGCAAUAACCCACGAGACGACAUUGCUACAGAAGCGUACGAAGAUGAGUUAGACAUGGGCCGAUCUGGAUCCUACCUGAACAGCAGUAUCAAUUCAGCCUGGAGUGAGCACAGCUUGGAUCCAGAAGACAUUCGGGACGAGCUGAAGAAACUCUACGCCCAGUUGGAAAUCUAUAAGAGGAAGAAGAUGAUCACAAAUAAUCCCCACCUCCAGAAAAAGCGGUGCUCGAAGAAGGGCUUAGGCCGUUCCAUCAUGAGGCGGAUCACCGAGAUCCCGGAGACGGUCAGCCGUCAGUGCUCCAAGGAGGACAAGGACGCGUUGGACCACGGCGCGGCCAAGGGCGCCGUCCCGGGCAGGAAGAACCCACAGGAGGCUGCGGGCGGCGCCGGGAAGCCCAAGGAGGAGUCCCUGCGGAACCGAGUCUUCUCGCUCAAGAAAUCGCACAGCACGUACGAGCACGUGCGGGAGCAGCCGGGCAGCCCAGGCAGCCCGCCCGCCCCGAGCCGGGAAGAGGAGGCGGCGGCCACGGACGACUCUGCGCUGGGGUCCCCGGCGGGAACGAACCGACCGCGAGCCCUGCAAGACGACAGCCAGGCCGUGUCCACCGAGUCCGUGCCUCUGGUGUGUAAGUCGGCCAGCGCCCACAACCUCAGCUCGGAGAAGAAGCCCGGGCCGCCCCGCACAUCCGUGUUACAGAAGUCCCUCAGCGUCAUCGCCAGUGCCAAAGAGAAGACGCUCGGAUUGGCCGGGAAAACCCAGGCGUCCGGCGUGGAGGAACGGGCCAAAGCCCAGAAAGCUCUGCCGAGAGAGAAAGAGACAAACAGAAAAUACUCGAAUUCAGAUAACGCAGAGACUCAAGACUCUGCCCCCCCAAACUCCAAUCAUUCAGAGGAGCCAAGAAAACCUCCGAAAUCUGGGAUCAUGAGGCAGCAAAGGGCCAACCCCCCCACUGCCAGUUCCGACCUGAGUCCAGGCGCCCCCCAGAUGAAGGACAGCUUUGACAUAGGGGAGGUGUGCCCCUGGGAGAUCUACGACCUGACCCCCGGUCCUGUGCCUUCAGAAUCAAAAGUUCAAAAGCACGUAUCGAUUGCGGCUUCUGAAAUGGAGAAAACCCCAAUUUUUUCCUUAAAGGGGAAAUCUCAUCCCAAGCCUAAGGCAGCUGAACUGUGUCAGCAGUCCAAUCCGAAGAGCAUAGACAAAGCUGAGGUGUGCCCUUGGGAGAGCCAAGUUCAGCCCCUCUUUGAAGAUGAGAAGUGUGUGAUUUCCAAGACUCAGGUUCCCCCAGGAAGAGCUCAAGGGGAGAAUGGCGGCCAGCACCCUGCAGCCAGUGUGUGUGCUGGGCAGUGUGAAGAACUGCCUCCCAAAGCCGUAGCAUCAGAAGUGGAGAAUGAAAACCUCAACCAACUAGGAGACCAGGAGAAAAAGACAUCUUCCUCUGAGCAAAAUGUGCCUGACUCAUAUAACUCAAGUAAUAACUUUCAGCAACCCUUAGCAUCACGAGCUGAGGUAUGUCCCUGGGAGUUUGAGACCCCAGAUCAACCGAAUGCUGAAAGAAGUGUAGCUUUCCCUGCCUCUUCUGCUUCAAGUGCAAAUAAGGUAGCAGGGCCUCGGAAAUAAGAGGUCUGGGAUCAUUUUAAAGUGUAGCAUCCCCAGAAAGAAAAGGAGAAGGAAGAAACGCUGAAUUCGCUAUAAGACAGAAGAUACAGGAUCACAAAUUCCCAAGGAGUAUUGGUCAGUCGAGGGAAAUGUGAAAGGGAGGGGUGGAAGAACACGUAGGAGGCCAGGGCAACGUCGUAAUGGAGAAGUUAGACUGGCCAGGAAAGUCUUGCCCCAGGGAACACUGGGAAGAUCCUUACACUUCAGCAUAUGUUUGGGGGAAGUAGCCCUCAAUGUCUGCCCCUGAUCAAUAGUUACCCUUGGGACUUGGAAGAUCCCAAGCAAGGCAAACCAGAAAACACAGAAGAGGGACGAGAUUUUGCAAAGGACAGGAAGGUAUUGACGUAUAUGACCGAAAUUCUAAGUAGCUGACUAAAAAGAACUUACUUUACCUAUUUAACCUUGAUAGCACUGCUAACUUAAUGCAUCCAAAAAUACCUUUUAUAUUAAUGAUUGCUUUCAUUUUCUUAUAAAUGUCUGUUUCAGUACAUUGUUGUGUCUCAUUCCAGCAUUCCAGAUUGUAUAAUUUUUGCAAAUAACUUUGAUAUUAUGUGACACAACACAUUUAUGCAAUCUGCAGCUACUCAAUUGUUAUUGCAACUUCCAGAAUACCUGCUAUCUAUCAACUUUAGUUGAUUCUUGAAGUACAGUACGCUUUCUCUGGCUUGGGAAGCCAUAACUGUUAUGAUAAAACCUUUUAGUUUUGGCUGUGGUUUAUAUAUUGUGAAUUUGGAUUUGACUCUAUUAUUUCACAUCAUGGUUUGUUAUACUGUCUUAAUAAGGGUUUUUUAUACAAGUUGAGUUUCUUGUUUUGCACUUCCUGUUAGGACUCAGAAGCUUUAUUAAUAUUGGAGAUCAAGUGGUCCUACUUAGUCAUACAUCUCAUUAAGUUAAGGACAACUUAUCUAUUGUUUGUUCAAAGUCAGGGAAAGAUAAUGCCUUCAUUCCAAUUAAUUGUCCCUUUUAACUCUUUCAGGAUUUCAUACUUAGCAGCAUUUCGUAAGGAAGGAAGAAGCUAAGAGUGAGAAAAAUAUACUGUGCAUUAUUACUACCAUUGGCAAGGGAAGACUCUGGGAAUGACAAGAGAAUUAGAGUACUGCAGAGCCGGGGGAUUUGCCUUUAAAACAAAGACAGAAAGGGAGCUCCAAGAGCACUUUCAAGGGAUUAUAUUUUUAAAGAGAAAAAUUAUUAUAGCAUCAAGAUCAUUAUAUGGAUAUAUUUUUAUUAUGUAUACUAAAUAUAUAAUAUUUUACAUUACCUUAAACUACUUAUUCUCAUAAACUCUUAUUCAUUGCUUCAGGCAGGGGUAGAACUUGCUGGGCUUGAAUCCCAAAGAGGUUUAUAACCAGAGUUACUCAAAGCCUAUGAGGCAGUGUGGGCUCUUCAUUCUUCCAAGCCCUGGAAAACUUCCAAGUCCUGCAAAUGGCCUAGGUGAGCUACCAGGCUCAAAAUUCCAAAUGUAGGGGUUACUUGCAAGGCACAGCAGCUCCCAAAGCAUGUUUCAUAAAACGUAUCGCAUUCCACACUGAUCACCUGGCACAGCCAUCCGAAGCUACUGAUUUAGCCCUACUGAUGUGAUCAUGCAAAGAGAUUCCAUCGCAAAACUCAGUCUCAUUUUAUUUUAAGGUGAAUCACUUAAAAAUAGAACCCAGACUUCCUUUCUCUCACGCUAAAUGCUGAAGUAUCACGGCUUGUUCGGCCAGGACAUUUAUAGCCUAAAUAACUGUUUUUCAUUUUCUGAGCAGCAAGGAGAACAUGCUAGGAGGGUAGAAGUUGAGAAAAGGGCAUCAGAAGGUGGAUACGGGGCUGUUCUUAGGAUUAUUACUCUCAGUGGAAGAUAAAAACUGGGAAUCCUCCUAUUCAGCAUCAGAAUUGUCCCAGUGAUUUGUAUUCAGGAGUAACGUGCAUUUCACCAUUUUGCAAAGCUGUGCGUAAAUCUCCUCACCCAUUUGCUUGCUUCGUGCAUUACUCAGGAUGGUGGGGUAGGUUUGAAGAGAUGUCGAAAUUCUAUUUGUUUUUGCUUUCUUCAUUUACUUCCUUCUCCGCUUCCUUUUCAGUCAAAGCCUAUCUAUCUACUCAGUCACCUUGGACUACAACUUUAAGGUAUAAAGUUGUGAACUUGGUUUGGAGUGUCCAGACCCACCUAUUUGUUUCCUUUACAUCUGAGAUCUGUUAGUACUUUACUGACUUUUUCAGAAAUAAGCGGUCAGGCAUCAGUGACUUUUUACUGCACUUCAGGAUGACCCUGCUAGAGAUGUGGCCUAAAGAAGACUUGCCAGUUUCUACCUUAGUACAGUCCAUAGAGUCUCUUCCACCAGCAUAAAUCAGCAAGAGCGCCUGGGGUCUUUCCUAGACUUUCAUUGCCAUUAUUUAUCACCAAGAGAAGUUUAAAUCUUCAAUCCCUGAGGUUGUUUUCCCAGAUUGAUAACAAUAAGCAAGUGAAGAAACACUAUUAAGUUCACAAACAUUUGCUAGGUUGUCCUUCUCAGUGCAUGUGCAGGCUGCAUCCUGUCCUUGUUUUUAAGCCAGGGUUUAUAAAUAAGUAGAUUUAUACCAAUCUUAAUAGAACUGUAUAUUUUAUGCAAGAGUUAAACGCUUUACGACAUGAAUUAUAACCCAACCCAUCGUAAACGUUGGUGGCCAUAUGGAUUUGAAACUCGACAGUUCUCUUGUAUUUGCUUCCUAGGUCUCUGCAUGCAAGUGAUGACACAGGUAGGACUGAAAAAAAACACUGCCUUUUGACUUCUAGCAUUUAGCAACCGAGAGAUGUAGAGUCAAUAAAGCUGUCAGUCUUUUCACUUAAUCUAUGGUUCUUCUGAAACUAUUAUCUGAAACCUACAGCAUCCCACCACAAAAUAUUUGGUAAAUUUAUGUCGUGACGUGUUGCAGCAUGUAAAUACUUAUAACUUCUCUGCAAUAAAACAUAUUUAUAUGAAAGCA